UUAAGCGCUACCAACCAACCAAACCAACUGGUUGCUCUCCAGUUUAUUAUUGUUUUUGUUGUGUUAAUUGUGAGGUUAUGAGCGGUUCCGAUUCUGAAGACUCCGAUGGUUUCGUGGGGCCCGCGCCCCUCGAGCCUCCGGCGCCCAAGAAACGCAAAGUUCUGCCGUACGAGAACCUCUACUUGGAGAACCUGCCGAACGCCGAAUCCUACGAGAAAUCCUACAUGCACCGAGACACCAUAACGCACUGCUUGGUAACAUGGACGGAUUUCAUAGUCACGGCCAGCUGCGAUGGGCACAUCAAGUUCUGGAAGAAGGUCGAGAAUAACAUCGAAUUCGUGAAGCAUUUUCGCAGCCAUCUGGGACCCAUCAAGAGUAUAGCUGCGAACGCUGAAGGCAGUCUGCUGUGCUCCGCUUCCAGUGAUAGAUCGUUGAAAAUCUUCGAUGUCAUCAACUUCGAUAUGAUCAACAUGAUUAAGCUGGACUACGUGCCGAGCUGUGUGGAAUGGGUGCAUGGAUCGGGGGACGCUGUGCAUUCCCUGGCCGUGGGUGAUAUGGAGAGUGUGAAGAUUAAUAUUUACGAUGGCAGGGGAACGAAUGAGCCCUUACAUACGUUAGAUAAAAUCCACACUAAACCAGUUACAAUUAUUAAAUAUAACGCUGCUUUGGAUAUCACAAUUUCAGUGGAUUCAAAUGGGAUUUUAGAAUAUUGGUCAGGAAUGAAAAACGAUUUUGGAUUCCCUAAAAACGUUGGGUUCGAUUCUAAACUCGAUACGGAUUUGUUUGAGUAUGCUAAGAACAAAACUGUGCCAACAGGUUUGGCGAUUUCCAAGGACGGUCAGAAGUUUGCUACAACUUCGACGGAUAGAAGAGUGCGGGUGUUCAGUUUUUACACUGGGAAACUGUUGAGGGUGCUGGAUGAGACUCUGCCGAGAUUCACGGAGUCGCAGCAGUCGAAGCAACAUUUACCCAACAUGGAGUUUGGGCGGAGGAUGGCCGUGGAGAGGGAUUUGGAGAAGAGCGAGUUUUACACGUUGAACAACAUCGUUUUCGAUGAAUCUGGAUAUUUCGUACUGUAUCCGACGCUGCUGGGUGUGAAGCUGGUGAAUAUAGUUUCUAAUAGAUGCGUUUGCGUGAUUGGAAAGAACGAGAAUUUGCGGCUGCUGCACGUGUCUCUGUAUCAAGGAUCGGCGAAGAAGGGAAAAGCUGCCGUGACGCUGCAGAUUGAAGCCGCGAAUAAUCCUAUAUUAGAAGCGAUCAAACCGGAUCCGACGCUGAUCUGCACUGCGUACAAGAAAUCGAGGUUCUACAUCUUCACGAGGAGGGAGCCGGACGAUCCGAGCAGUCACGGACAGGACAGGGACAUCUUCAACGAGAAACCUUCCAAGGAGGAUACGUUCGCUGUUUCCGACAGUCCGGCCACGCAGCGGUUGUACGAGACCGCUAUAAUGCACACGGUGUUCGGAGAUAUCCACGUCAAGUUACUGCUGAAGGACACGCCGAAGACGGUGGAGAACUUCUGCGUGCACAGCAAGAACGGUUAUUACAACGGGCACAUCUUUCAUCGCGUGAUCAAGGGCUUCAUGAUUCAGACGGGCGAUCCCACGGGGAACGGUACCGGGGGCGAGAGCAUCUGGGGCGGAGAAUUCGAGGACGAGAUCAGACCGCAUCUCAGGCACGACAGACCGUACACGUUGUCGAUGGCGAACGCCGGACCGAACACCAACGGAAGUCAGUUCUUCAUAACGCUGACGCCGACGCCGUGGCUGGACAACAAGCACACGGUGUUCGGACGUGUCAUCAAAGGUAUGGAGGUCAUCCAGAACAUCAGCAACGUGAAGACGAACGCGAAAACCGAUAAACCCUUCGACGAUAUUCGGAUAAUAAGCAUCACGUGCAAAUAGACGCAACCGAAUCUUUUACUAU